AUGGCCAGGUUCCUCCAGUGCAACCUGAACCAUAGUCGGCGAACCCUAGACCUGCUGCGCCAAUACGUGGUUAAGGCGGGCGUGGACGUGUGCCUCAUCUGCGAGCCCCACGGCAUCCCGGACUCGCCGCACUGGCUCAGCAGUGAAGACAAGAAAGAACAGGGCUACGUGGCCGCCAGGCACGAAGAGGUCAUCGUUAUUUCAACAUACAUCUCCCCAAACAUUCGCAUGGAACAGUUCAGGGGCUACCUUGACGAUCUAGACGAAGCCGUCCGAUCGGCAGGAGACGGGCGCGGAGUGCUGCUGGGCGGUGACUUCAAUGCCCGUUCACCAGCCUGGGACCACUCAGGCGGAAACCGCAGGGCGGAACUACUGAAGAGAUGGGCGGCAUCAUGCGGUAUGUGCUUACUAAACACCGGAACGACGGCAACUUGCGUGAGGGCCCAAGGGAGCUCGGUGGUGGACACCACCUGGGCUUCACCGGACCUGGCUCUCCGCAUCGCGGGAUGGAAGGUGGUCACCCACUCCCAAGUGCAAACCCACUCCCAAGUGCAAGUGCCCUCCUCUGGUAGGGAGAUGAGGCUGCGAUGGAACCUCACUAAGUUCGACGCGGGAAAGUUCAACGAGUCCCUUGGGCUGCAGCUGUCGUGGGGACCGACUGGACCCAAUAAAACUACGGGGAGCGGGCUGGCAGGAUGGAUCGAGCGAGCAGUGUCAGACGCGUGUGACGCGGCAGCUCCCAGAGCAAGGCCACAGACCCAGAACAAGUCGGUGUACUGGUGGUCCAGCGAUAUAGCGGAAGCGCGUAAGGCGUGCGUAAAAGCCAGGCGCCGUUUCACCAGAUGUCAGCACCCGCUACGAACGGCUUCACAGUGGGAAAAGGAUUACAAGGACGCUAAUUCUUGUAGUUUCAAGAGAUUUUCCCGGUAUAAUACCGCGUACCACACUUCCGCAAAAACCAGUCCCGCAUUCCUAAAUUUCGGCAGAACACCAAUUCCUGCAAACUCCCUUCGACGGGAGGUCAACGAAAAUGCAUUCAAGGUGGAACGACAAGACCCAGAACUGCGGGGAGAACGCAUGGAGCGUCUCCAGUUGCUACGGGAAUGGGUCAGCGAGAAUUUGGCUUUUGCGUUUGAACGACAAUCCGGGUAUUAUAAUCGCUGA